AUGGGUGCUCAGGUCGGUGUGCUGCUGCUGGUGCAGCUGUUGGCGCAAGUGGAACAACAGAUGCAGGGUGAGCUCAAGCCGGAGCUGCCGGCCGACCUCGGUAAGGGUGAUGGGGGUAGGAUGGGGCUCAUGGAGACCAAGGAGAGCUCACCUUCUCGCCUCCCCGCAGAGUUGCAGGAUGAGGACCUGCUGUUUCCAGGUUUCGAGAACAUAUCGUUGCUCGCAUGGCCAUGCGGCCAACAGGCCAUCCCCACGCGUGUAAUGGGUGGAAUGGAUGCGGAGCGUGGGCGCUGGCCGUGGCAGGGCAGCCUGCGCCUAUGGGGUUUCCACUCCUGUGGAGCGAGCCUGCUCAACCGGCGCUGGGUGCUCUCCGCGGCGCACUGCUUCGAAAAGAACAGUGACCCCUAUGAGUGGACAGUCCAGUUUGGCGAGUUGUCUGCCAUGCCAUCUAUAUGGAACCUGCAGGCCUACUUCAACCGUUACCAGGUGGAGGACAUCAUUCUGAGCCCCAUGUACCUUGGGGCUUCCGCCUAUGACAUUGCCCUGCUGAGGCUGUCAUCCUCUGUUACCUACAAUAAGUACAUCCAGCCCAUCUGUGUUCUGGCCUCUUCCACUGAGUUCCAGAACCGGAGUAACUGCUGGGUGACCGGCUGGGGGAACAUCGAAGAAGAUAAGGAUCUGCCAUCUCCCUACACCCUCCAGGAAGUGAAGGUCGGCAUCAUAAACACCACCAUGUGUAACAACCUCUACUCACAGCCUAUUUUCAGCUAUGACAUCUGGGGAGACAUGAUUUGUGCUGGUGAUGUGCAAGGCGGCAAGGAUGCCUGCUUCGGUGACUCAGGCGGACCCUUGACCUGCGAGAAGAAAGGGCUGUGGUAUCAGGUUGGAGUCGUGAGUUGGGGAGUGGGCUGUGGUAGGCCCAACCGGCCCGGUGUCUACACCAACGUCAGUAGGCACUUCAACUGGAUCCGGAUGCUGAUGGCCCACAGCGACAUUCACAGGUCAGACACCUGGCUGCUGCUGCUGCUGCUAUGUGAUUAA